AUGUGGAAAAUGCCAAAAGGCUUUUCAUUCACUGGUAGAUUCUGUUGCUUUCCCACGGAUCCACUGGGGGAUGUUGAGACUUGGAGUGAGUCUGUGGACAAAGUCCUCAGCUGUAAAGCCGGGCAGAUAGCUUUCCGGGAGUUCCUGAAGUCAGAGUACAGCGAGGAGAAUAUACUGUUUUGGCUCGCCUGUGAGGAGUACAAAAAGAUUAAGACAGUCCCAGAGAUGAUCUCCUCCGCCAACCGGAUCUACUCUGAGUUUGUCCAAACAGAAGCACCAAGACAGAUCAACAUAGACUGCGGUACAAGAGAAAACAUUACAAAUAACAUCUCCCAGCCGACCCUGACUUCGUUUGAUACAGCUCAGAAGCACAUUUACAGUCUGUUGGCCAGGGAUUGCUACCCGCGGUUCCUAAAAUCUGACAUCUAUCAGGGACUCCUGAGGAGAAACGAUUCAAGGUGA